AACUUCGAUCAACCGCAUAAUUUUAGAAUUAUGGUUUUUUUUCUUUGUUUAUUUUGAAAAGAGCAGAAAGAAAGCAUUUUUAUCUUGAAUGCCACUUUUUACAUAAUAAACUUUCUCAUUCACACACACACACACAUGUUAUCUUGAUUUUAGCAAAAGCAUGCAACUGCAGAGUUUUCAACUGUACAAAAACACACAAAACUCAGAAACCAAAACCAAAACCAAAACCUUUGUUAUAUAAAGACUUGGUCCUCUUAUAACAAAGGUUAUUACUACUACUCUUACACCUGACCUGACCAGACCUGACCAGAGCCCUGAGCCAUUGAUAUUAAGGUCUCCUCGUGCUCACUCACUCAUGGCCUGUCUCAGCGAAGAGAGCUGCUGGGUGGUCUCUCUCUCCAAAAUGCUCUCCGAAGAUGACAAACAAAACUUUAUGGACUCCACUACCAAGUCAUCUACCGCCAAAAUAUUAGACAAGGUUUUCCCCGUUUAUGCAUUGGGGAUUUCCAACCCUACUGGCUCGGAGGUGGAACCACUCUUACAGCUAUCCAACUCGGCUGACGACCCCAUUUGGGACGCCAUCAGAGAAGAGGCAAAGCUAGUGGCAGAAAGUGAGCCAAUUUUGAGUAGUUUCUUGUAUGCGAGCAUACUGUCCCAUGAUUGUUUAGAGCAAGCACUAGGCUUUGUUCUUGCAAAUCGACUCCAAAAUCCAACUCUUUUGGCAACUCAGCUUAUGGACAUAUUCUAUGAUGUGAUGACACAUGAUAAGACCAUUCAACGCUCCAUUCGCCUUGAUGUGCAGGCAUUUCUGGACCGGGAUCCUGCUUGUUUGUCAUAUUGUUCAGCUCUGUUGUAUCUCAAGGGAUACCAUUCUUUGCAAGUACAUCGAGUGGCUCAUGCCUUGUGGAGUCAAGGACGGAAAGUAUUGGCGUUGGCACUGCAAAGUAGAAUAAGUGAGGUUUUUGGAGUUGACAUACACCCAGCUGCACAAAUUGGUGAGGGAAUACUGUUGGAUCAUGGGACCGGAGUUGUUAUCGGUGAAACUGCUGUUGUUGGGAAUAGGGUGUCCAUGAUGCAUGCUGUAACGCUUGGGGGAACGGGGAAAGAAGUUGGAGAUCGGCAUCCAAAAGUUGGGGAGGGAGCCCUUAUUGGAGCAAGUGUGACAAUUCUUGGCAACAUAAAGAUAGGUCAUGGUGCUAUGAUAGCAGCUGGCUCCCUAGUGUUGAAGGAUGUUCCUCCACACAGUAUUGUGGCAGGGAUACCAGCAAAGGUGAUUGGAUAUGUAGAUGAGCAAGACCCUUGUUUAAGUAUGAAGCAUGAUGUUACCAAAGAUUUCAUUUGAACAUGUAGCUGUUAACUUCAGUCAGGGAUUCAAAAUGUUCAGGAGCAUAAAAUUCAGAAACAUGAAUCAUGAAAUGGUGGAUUAUUGUUGGGUUGUUCUUAAGAUUUAUUUUUAUAUAUUUAUAGUGGUUGUUGUCAUUAAAUCAUAUGGGCUACACUUUGUUAUUUAUGUAUGUGUAAAACAAAGUAUAGCAUUGAGUGAGUGAGUGAGAGUGGAAAGUGAGGGCAUGUUAAGCAAGAUACCAUGUUUUUUUGAGUCUCUUGCUUACUUAGAGAGAAAUUAUGAGUCCAUGGCUCAUAUUUCAUUCCAUCUUUCAAGCCCUAAUCUUAUAUUUAAUUAUUACCUUUCUUUCCAAGUAACCACAUUGUGUGAGAUUUUACUUUGGCAAUGCAAUUACAUCAUAGUGAAGAUGAUGGGGACAUUCACAAA